UCCUUGAAACCGGCCGUGAACUGGGAGGCUUGUAACGUCAACAAAGCUGCAAUAAAAGUGGCGUCAUUAGUGUGCAUAUUUUUAAGUUUUAAAGAGAGCAGCUUUCAAUGUCGUUUGUGGGCCCAGAUAAGAGUCCAACUACGCCUCAAGAACAUAUUGAUGGUGUGCCAGAUUUUGGAUGGCGUGUACCACUAGAUCGUCCAAAUCCACCGAAAUGCAAUCCCUUCACGACUCCCCGACUGAAGCACAUUCCUGGUUUCGUGGGACUAAGUUUGAGGUAUAUGACAUACUGGAUCAGCAAGAAGAGACAGGGACGUAAGAUAUUCAUUGAUCACCUCAACCCCAUCGGUCACAAGACCAUCUAUGGGUGUCCUAUUGGUGGGAUGGGAGGUGGUUCCAUUGGUCGAGGAUACCGCGGGGAGUUCUGUCGUUUCCACAUGGUUCCUGGUCUCUAUGACUACAAUGUUGUAGAUGCAGAUCAGUUCACAGUGUGUAUCCGCAAGAAUGGAGUGACAGUGCUCCAACAGGUGCUCUCAUCUUAUAAGAAGACUGGGAAACAUCUCAAGGCCUGGAACUGGACUUUCCCAGCUGGUAAUGCCACCUACCAUGCUCUAUAUCCCCGAGCAUGGACCGUGUACAACAUUCCUGAGUAUAAUGUCAAGUUGGUAUGCAGGCAGGUCUCACCCGUCUAUCCGCACGAGUACAAGGAGAGUUCACUGCCUGCAGCCGUGUUUGUCUGGACCAUCGAGAACAACAGCACAGACGACCUUGACAUCAGCAUCAUGUUCUCAUUCAAAAAUGGCCGUGGUGUGAAGGAGGAUAAGACAGGUGGUUGCUGGAAUGAGCCUUUCAAGUGUGACAGUGAGGGGGGCGACGUCAGCGGCGUCCUCAUACAUCAGACCUUCAGAGAUAUGGCCUGUACAUACGCACUGUCUGCAGCACAGAGGGAGGGCGUGUCCGUGAGUCAUCUGGUGAGCUUUGACCCCCAGGGGACAGGAAGCGAGGUAUGGUCAGACCUCAAGGAAGAUGGACAACUUACAUCUUCAGCAGAAAGUAGUGAAAAGACGUUGAAGGGAAAGGAGAUCGCUGCUGCUGUCUGUGUGCAGUGUCAUGUGGGGGCCAACACGUCGGCCACGGCAGAGUUCAGUCUGGUGUGGGACAUGCCCGUCAUACACUUCAGCUCAAGGGGACAGAAAUACCACAGACGUUACGCCCGCUGGUUCGGGACUGAUGGUACUGGCGCCCGGCGGCUCAGCAGUCAUGCAAUAGGCCGAUACAAGGACUGGGAGAGCAAGAUAGAAGAAUGGCAAAACCCAAUUCUCUCCAACAGGAACCUGCCAGCAUGGUACAAGUCUGCAUUGUUUAAUGAACUGUACUUUGUGAGUGAUGGAGGCACGGUGUGGGUGGAUCCUGCUGAUGGAGACAGCAGCACAUGUUUCUUCCACAAGGACCAUGCCCUGGUGAAGGAGUACAGCAAGUUCCUCUAUCUGGAAGGUCAUGAAUACCGGAUGUUCAACACCUACGACGUGCAUCACUACGCUUCUUUUGCCUUCAUCCAGCUGUGGCCCAAGAUACAGCUUUCUCUACAAUAUGACAUCGCUCAGUCUGUGAUGAGUGAGGACAGAACACGCGUGAAAUACUACACGUCUGGUAAUAAGGGACAGCUCAAGACUCUCCACACUGUUCCCCAUGACGUUGGGGACCCAGAGGAUGAGCCAUGGAAGCGGGUGAAUGCCUACCGGAUCCAUGAGACAGCCAACUGGAAGGACCUGAACCUCAAGUUUGUCCUGCAGGUGUAUAGAGACUUCCAUGUCACUCAGGACAAGGAGUUCAUGGAGAAUAUGUACCCAAAGGUCAAGGGAGUGAUCGAGACAGCACUCAAGUGGGACAUCGACGAUGACGGUAUCAUUGACAACAGUGGCUUUGCCGAUCAGACUUUUGAUGCAUGGACCAUGAGUGGAGCAAGCGCCUACUGUGGUGGGAUGUGGCUAGCCUCACUGCGAAUGACAAUAGAGAUGGCCAGUCUGUUGGGAUUGAAGGAGGACAUGGACAAGUAUCGGCUGGUGCUGGACAAGGGACGGCAGUCGUACGAAACCAAACUUUGGAAUGGCCGGUACUACAACUAUGACAGCAGCACAAGUGGGCACCAUGACAGCCUGAUGGCCGACCAACUUGCAGGCCAGUGGUUCCUGCGGGCAUCAGGGCUGCAGGAUGACGAGGUGUUCCCCCCAGAUCAUGUACAGAGUGUCCUGAAGACCAUCUACGAGAACAAUGUCAUGAAGUAUGGCAACGGUAACAUGGGUGCCAUCAACGGGACCCGUCCCGAUGGCAGUCGAGACACCAGUAGCUGCCAGGCUGAGGAAUUCUGGGUGGGAGUGAUAUACGGCCUGGCUGCCAGCAUGAUCCAGGAGGGUUUGAUAUCGGAGGGCUUCCAGACAGCAUGGGGAGCCUACCAUGUGUGCUGGGAGCAGUACGGCCUGCAGUUCCAAACACCUGAAGCCUAUAUGACCUCCAAACACUAUCGUUCACUCGGAUACAUGCGGCCAUUAUGCAUCUGGUCCAUGCAGUGGACGCUAGAACGAUUCCAGCCACAGUUACUUGAGCAGACAGAAGGUGCUGCAGUCACGCCUACAAGAAGUGUCCUUGUGAAGGAGGUGGAACCACAAGUCCCUGGCACUGCAGAGUCCGGGGUCACAAGAACCGACAUCCAGCUGGAGGUCACUGAGCAAUAAAUUGAUUAUUCACCAUAGGAACUCAUGAUACCUCACUUGGCAUUGUAUCAUAACUUGUGUGUGAAAGAUUUAAAGGGUUUUAUUUAUUAGAUGAUUCUCUUGGAAAUACUUUACCUUAUCCAUCAUGUCAGCCCACCCUGUUUGCCUUUGUAGUUACAUUAAAUUAACACAAAUUCUUAUGCUUAAAGUUUUCUAGAUUGUGAUAUAGAAAAAUGUUGAUUUGAUUCCAUUAUCAAAACUUAAAGUACUAAGAACUCAUCUUUGAAGCAGGACGAUCAGGUUUGGAUCGUUCUUUGUCCUUGUUUCAUAUUUAAUAUAAUUACUUGUAUAUUACAAUAUCAAAUAUUUCAUCUAAAAUAUCAAAUUGGAUUUUGAUGUCUGUAGACCUCCAAUAAUGUUUAAUCGUAUGCUAAUGAUAAAAGAAGUUAAAUCUAGCUCCUUAAGUCUACUACAUAAUUUAUUUAAGUGGCAAAGCUAGAACGUUGUUUAUAUGAAACCAGAAGUUAGUGUGUAUGGAUAAGGUAGAACUGUGAUGGUGCGGUCAUACCUAUGCAAUCAUGUGUACUAACAACCAGACCAGCAGUGUAUAUAUGGCAUCCUUCAGAUUGUUGUUGUUGUUGUAGAUAUACUUUGAGUGCCAAAGGCUUAUUCUAUACCGUGCAAUAUUGUUAUCAAUAUUGUUGUGUUCUGUUUGAAUGAAUAACAUGUGGCCUUGGAUUACUCUUUUCUCUACUGAAACUGCUUGGGGGUAUGACUGCUGUCCUUGAGGCUACUUUCCCAAUACAACUGUGAAAAUGAUUACAAAUGGCUAAAUCUUUCACACCACCAACAUUGAGAAUAUCAUUAAAGACUACUUUGAAAAAGAGUCUAUAAAAUUGGAGUUGAAAUGUUUACAAAGCGAACCUUAUGAAGAAGUAAUCGAUGCCCAAAGAGCGUGAUUGGGGCCAAUUUAUGCUCAAGAGACAAAGUUCAUUAUUUAAGAGAGUGUUGUAUCUUAGAGCACGAGCAAAUACUUGAAUUCCAUGAACUAUACACUGCACAUUGCACCAGUUCCAACAUUCAUGUUCGAUGCAGGUUGAACAAAUUCUCCAAAACUGUUCCUGCAGUAAGAGUUGUGAACUCCAUAAACUGUAUGCUUUCAGUGUGAUAUCGGCAUAUUUAGAAAUAUAGUCCACCUGACAAAUCUAGUGACCAGCCACUGGACGGAUAUUGACAUGAUUAUGUAGAUCACCACAAUUUCUAAGAUGCUUUACUAAAUGAUCAAAGGUAUCAAAAGUACAUGAUCCAGAACACAUACAUCAUAAUAUCAUAAGGCAUUUCAAAUAACCUCACCUGUGACAAUGUAUACCGAUAUUUGGUAACCUCCUGUACACCCGGACCUGAAGUUCCAUUGUGUGACAUUGUUGAGUUGCUAUCAUAGAGAUGAAUGAGAUUUCU